AUGUUUCACAGGAUUAGAAUUGAUAUUUAUUAUCCAGAAUAUGGCUUUGCAAUCGAAGUACAAGGCGUACAACACAAAAAAUAUAUCAAAUUCUUCCAUAAUGGUGAUCCUAAUAAUUUUAUAAAACAGCAAACACAGGAUCAAUUCAAGAAAGAAUUAUGUGAAGAGAAUCAGAUUGCACCAAGGAUUAUACAAUUGUUGUCUUACGAAGUAUGGAAUCACCGUCAUCGAGCACCAGUAUCGAAUACCAUUCAGAAACCUUGUUCCAUAUUUGCCAUACUCACCUCAUCUCUUGCGUUUAAUACAUUUCGAAUGCAAAUAUGA